UUUACGGCGACCUCACAUUUUUCAAAUCCAAACCUCGCCGUCAUCAGCCUCGUCCUCGAGCCCUUGCCCUCCCCCUCCAUUACAGCUUUAAUACACAUAAUCAGUCAUGGAUCACGGACGAGACCCCUGCCCUUGGGUCAUUCUUAAUGACUUUGGUGGUGCCUUUUGUAUGGGCGCUAUCGGUGGUACUAUCUGGCAUGGAAUCAAGGGCUUCCGCAACUCUCCCUAUGGCGAGCGACGCAUUGGCGCCAUCACAGCCAUCAAGAUGCGCGCCCCGGUUCUCGGUGGUAACUUUGGUGUCUGGGGUGGUCUCUUCUCAACAUUCGACUGCGCUGUGAAGGGUGUUCGCCAGAAGGAGGAUCCCUACAACGCUAUUAUUGCUGGUUUCUUCACUGGUGGCUCUCUCGCCAUUCGAGGUGGUUACAAGGCCGCCCGAAACGGUGCCAUCGGUUGUGCUGUUCUUCUUGCCGUCAUCGAGGGUGUCGGUAUUGGUUUCUCCAAGAUGCUUGCUGGUAGCACCAAGCUAGAAGCUCCUCAGCCUCCACCUCAGGAGGCUACUCUGUGAGCCAGCAUCUGACGAAAUGAAAUACUAUGAUCCAUAAACGACGAUCGAACAACCUUCGACUCCCCCACUCCCAACUCCACCACGACGACCAACAAAUUCUCCGGGCCGGG